AUGAGUCUGAAAACAGAGACACCAUCACCACCCUUCCCUCGCCGACCAAGAAAAAGAGGCGUCGUUCCCUCUUCCACCGCCGAGGUCAUCGACCUCCGUGACUCCGACGACGACGUUAAGGUCCUCAAUAUCAUACCUCCAAAAACCCCUUCCACCAAACGCAGAAAAUUCAAAAGAGGAGAGAGUUCAAACGACGCGCCGUUCGUCUGCGAAAUCUGCACGGACACCAAAACCACGAGGGACUCCUUCACCGUCACUGGUUGCUCCCAUGCAUAUUGCUCCGACUGUGUUUCCACGUACAUCGGAACCAAGGUUGAGGACAACGGGACCAACAUCAGGUGCCCCGUUCCGGGAUGCUCAGGCCAAUUAGAGGCGGAGAAUUGCCGUUCCAUUCUCCUGGUGGAGGUGCUGGACCGGUGGCUGAUGGCGUCGUGCGAGGCGAUGAUCGCGGCGUCGGAGAAAUUCUACUGCCCCUUCAAGGAUUGCUCUGCUCUGUUGGUGAAUGACGGAAAGGAGAAGGUCAGGGAAUCGGAGUGCCCCAGUUGCAGGAGGUUGUUCUGUGCGCAGUGCAAGGUGCCAUGGCACGCGGAGGUCACGUGCAAGAAGUUUCAGAAGCUGGGGAAGGAUGAGAGGGGGAAUGAAGAUAUCAUGCUGAUGAAGCUUGCUAAAGAUAAGAAGUGGAAGAGGUGCCCCCAUUGCAAAUACUAUGUUACAAAAUCUGAAGGAUGCAGCUUCAUUAGAUGCAGGUGUGGAAGUAGCUUCUGUUACAGAUGUGGAACUCUUGACUCAUGUAACUCCCAUUACUGCAAGAAGUGUAAGAGAUCAGAAUGA